UACAACAAUCUACAUACUUCGCGUUACCAGAAUAUUACAUAAAUAUUAUAAGAUUACUAUUAUUUUAUAAGAAGAUAAGCAGAGAGUUGGGAAGCAAUAUAAUGUAAAUUGAAAAACACAUAGAAGGAGUAAUUGGAAACGCUGAUCCGGGAGAAUAGUUUUUAAUAACCUUUUGGCAAUGAAGCUCAUCACACAUAACAUGCUUACUUCAAAAUGCUUGAAAGGCGUUAUGACUGGAUAUCCUCUCGCUAUCAACGCUACAGACGUGAAAAUAAAUGAAGUUGCCUUCAAUCCGGAGUUUAUAAGUCGCAUUAUAUCGAAGUUAGACUGGGAGGUGGUCUAUGAGGCUGCAAAUAGUAUAGGAUAUGGUGAUGGUCUGCCAAAGACAAUUGAGCCCAAGUACGACAAAGAUGAAGAAUUCUUAAAGAAGGCGCAUAGAGUUCUACUGGAGGUGGAAGUAGAGGAAGGACAUCUUACAUGCCCAGAAUCUGGAAGACAGUUUCCAAUAACUAAAGGCAUACCAAAUAUGCUGUUAACUGAGGCAGAAGUGCAAUAAAAUAAAUGUAGAUUUAAAGUUGU